AUGUCGCAAUUGAACAAAGACCAGAAAAGAGUCUUUGAUGGAGUAUGCCAAGUUUUACAAGAUAAGAAUCAGAUUCUGCGACUGUACGUAAGUGGCGAGGGUGGUACAGGGAAAAGUUUUCUAAUUGAAACGAUUAAACAUUGGAUCAGAAUAAAUUUGGAAAAAACGACUGCCAUAUCUGCUCCCACGGGUAUCGCAGCAUUGAAUAUCGAUGGCUUGACAAUCCAUAGAAUGUUUCAACUACCGGUUAGUCAUGAAUCUACACCAAAAUAUACGCAAUUGUCAGACAUGGUCUUGAAAAUUUUGAGAGACAAAUUAAAAAAUGUUAUUCUUUUCGUAAUUGAUGAAGUGUCAAUGAUAUCUAAUUUGACUUUAUAUAUUCAUCUUCGAUUGUCUGAGAUAUUUGAUACUAGUGAUUGCGAUGAUGGUUGGUUUGGUCGAAAGCAUAUUCUUUUAUUCGGAGACUUGCUUCAAUUGCCUCCUGUACGCGAAGAUCUUAUCUUUACACAUUUAUCCGAUCAAAAAAUUGCUAAUUAUCUUGGUUCUUUAAAUGCUGUUAAUUUAUGGAUUACAUUAUUUGAAUAUAAUGAAUUAAUAAUCAAUAUGCGUCAGCAAGGAGAUAAUUCAUACCGUGAAUUAUUGUCGCGAAUUCGUAUUGGUUUAGUGACAAAAUCUGAUUGUAAAAUUCUAGAGAGUAGAAAAAUAUCUUUCAAAGCUGAUUCUUUCGAAUCUAGAUUAAAUGAAUUAUGUGAUUUUAUUAACAGUUUAUCAUCGGACACUGUUUGUUUAUUUCCUACUUGUAAUAUGUGUGAUGUCCUUAAUAAUGCAAUGUUAAGUCGCAUUACUUCCAAAGAAAUAUUAUUAAUUGCUGAAGAUACGAUUGAUUGUACAUCAUAUGUAAAAAAGAAAGUAUUAAAAGUAUUGUCAAAUAACGAUGAUGAUAGUUCUCGAACAGCUAGACUUUCAAAACAAAUUACAAUUAAAAUUGGAGCAAAAGUUAUGAUUCGGCGUAACAUCGAUGCCAGUUUGGGUCUUGUAAACGGUACAAUUGCUAAAGUAAUUUCAAUUGUACGAGAAACAUCUACUGAUGACGUAGAAAAGAUUAAACUUCUUUUACCAUCAGGUUUAGAAUAUGAAAUUGAAAGAGUAACGGCUAAAUUUCAGGUAUUGGAUAGAGCGUAUGUGAUUCGGAAACAAUUUCCAUUAUCUUUAAGUUAUGGCAUCACUAUUCAUAAAAGCCAAGGAUUAAGUUUGCAAAGUGUUGUUAUGGAUAUUGGCAACUCUGUAUUUAGUUGUGGUCAAAUUUAUGUUGCCUUGUCGCGAGUAACAUCUCUAGAAGGAGUGCAUUUAAUAAACUUUGAUCCUUCAGCAGUAGCUAACAAAAAAGUUAUUAUUGAAUAUAAUCGUUUAAAACAGAUAUACAAUCCGAAAGCAGAAAUGAUUGCUGUGUCAAAAGAACGUUGUCCACAAGAUGGUAAAUUAAUAAAAGCAGAAAACAAAUUUAAUUUAUGUGCUGUUCCAACAACUAAAGUAUUAAUAGCGGGACAAUUGUACAAGACGAUGAGUGCUAUACUUUAUGAUAGUUCGUGCACCGAUGAAGGUCAUUAUAACCACGAGGUUUUGAAACUCAAUCUUUCUAGGCAGUUAGUCUCUAAAUCAUCCAUUACGAUAUCCGCUAAUAUGGGUGAGAGCGGAGACCCCAUAGGACUGCCAAAAAUCUGUUCAUAA